AGAGGAAGAGCAGCGUUCUCUAUCAACCAGAGAGCUCGUGUGCGAUGCUGAAGGAAUUUUUGUAGCAUGGACUGGGCUGCGAUCACUACUACAACUGGCCAGCAAUUAGCAGCGCUGCCUCACAGUUUUUUUAUACGCCGUUUUUUACACUAGUCCGGUAGGGCCGUGCUUUUUGUGGUGCGUGUUUGUGUUCGAAGACGGAUUUUUAGGGCAGCCCCAUCCUUGGAAAUAUGGAUUCGGAGGACCAGAGCAGCGCGGCCAGCCCAACCGAUGUCUCACACGACCCAGGGAAGAUGUUCAUUGGAGGACUAAGUUGGCAAACAGCGCCAGAGGGUCUUAGGGAAUAUUUUAGUAAAUACGGUGACAUAACGGAAGUGAUGGUGAUGAAGGAUCCGACAACGAGGAGAUCACGGGGAUUUGGUUUCGUAACCUUCGCUGACCCCGACAGUGUAGACAAAGUGCUAGCGAACGGACCUCACGAACUCGAUGGUAAAAAGAUCGAUCCAAAGAUUGCCUUUCCCAAAAGAGCACACCCAAAGAUGGUAACCAGGACAAAAAAGGUUUUUGUCGGGGGUCUUUCGGCGCCAACCACUCUGGAUGAUGUUAAGAAUUACUUCCAGCAAUUUGGUAAAGUUGAAGAUGCCAUGCUCAUGUUUGACAAACAGACCAACAGGCAUAGAGGUUUCGGUUUUGUUACUUUCGAGAGCGAAGAUGUCGUUGACAAGGUGUGCGAGAUUCAUUUUCACGAGAUAAACAGCAAAAUGGUCGAGUGCAAAAAAGCCCAACCCAAAGAGGUCAUGAUGCCUAACAGCACUACACGUGACCUGGUGUGGCCUCUAGGAGCCCUGACGGACGCCGGCUUCACCACUUUUGGCUAUGGUCGGGGGAUUCCAGGCUACCCGAGUUUCGGCUACUCUUUCCCAGGCUUCCACGGCUUUAGCUAUAUUCCUUCGCCCGCAGCCACCGACCACCAGGCGACCGCCUUUUUUGUGGACGCGUUUUCGGCCACUGCGGUGUCAACCGCCGCUGCCCUCGCCAGCCACAUGACCAGUGUCGGGCAGACCGAGCCUCCGGCUGGUCUGGCUCCCAUGGGCAGCUCGCCCAUUAAGAGGGGUCACCCCUUUGCACCGCAAAUCCCCACUGUGAUCAACAAUUAUGGACCUCAAGGGUUUGCCGCCUCCCCCUCCCCCGCCAACAACCGAGUCUUCCCGGCAACCAACAGUCCUGGACCCAUCGACAUUUACUCUUCCAAUCAAGACGGUGUCAGCUAUGUCCAGGACCCGAGCCCGCAGUCCACGGGAUUUCCACCAAUAGCUGUUAAUAGAGGCCCGCUGAUUGCUGCAGCUUUUACUAACGGCUACCAUUGAAACAACAAAAAAUGGAAUUCACGACUUCAACGCCUGAUGACGUUGAAAGAUUCCGUGAAAAAAAAAAGAAGAAAAAAUUAUAUAUAUUGAGCCUUUCUGCAACCACCUGUUAACAGAACCCCUUUUUACGUCGGGCACUGCAAAACAUCCACCAGUCACCGUUGUUAUUACUUUCCUGAAUAUUUUCGUUUUCCGUUGUUGUAUUUCCUUCCACACAUCCUCACCCCUCUUACGUCACGAGUGACGUAAUAUAACAAGUUCAAAUGUUUGUAGCUGUAUAUUUGCUGAUUGAGAAAAAAAUAUAAAGUGUUCGCUUAUCUACCGAGAUGGAACAAUCCUAACGUAUCUCUCUCUAUAUUAUGUAUAUCGUUCUUCGCACCACAAGGACAUCUGCACCGAGAACAUGAAAGAAGACUUCUUUCUUUUGUUCCAGAAUUUCCUCGAGUUUCCGUGCUCGAAUUACAAGCAAUAAAUAUUUAAGGGAAUAGAUUUACAAAACUUUCAAGCGUCGGAAGCUCUGAGGGACAUUAUUCCAGAGACUGCUGCGGUGCAAAUACAAACUGGCGACACGAUACCUCAAGACGAGUGCGUCAGACUGGGAAUGGUGUCUCUGGGAUCGCCAACUUUCCUCGUGGACCUACCAUUCGGAACAGAAUUAAAAAGCGUAUUAAAUGGUGAUAUUCUAAUCUGUUUAUGUUACGAAGUGUUGGUUGUAUAUUGUAUCCUUAUAAUCACAUGAAUAGAGGUAACCUUUUUGAAUAUCUGUGUAUUCUGCGUGGAGUGGUGAUAUAUAACUCUUUAUGUACACUUAAAGCAAUACAGACAAAUAUUAAGCUUUGGCGCUUGCUGUGAAUCGCAUUUCCGUGGGGCGAAUGGGAUCCUUCCUUCCUUCCAGACGUUCGAUUUUUAUUCUCUGUUCGUUGGUGAGAGGAGGGGAGGGAGGUCCCUGCACCUGUUCGCCCUGCCGGGAUCGACAUGUUAGCUUAAUGUAUGCAUCAAGAUCCUAGUGCUUUAAUUUUGCUAUAUUUUGAUUCUAUUUUCAAAUACAUCAGUUUUAUAAAUUGCUCUUGUAAUAAUCACGUACGGUAUCUUGUUAAAAAUGCACUGUGUGCGUCGUAUUGUGUUUCAUGUGAGCAACUUUGCCCCACCCCCUCUUCCUUACGCAUAUUUUAUGAACCUUUCGUGAAAAUUCCCGAGAGCAGUCAUAAUACGUACAUUUUGGGAAUUGACUUCCCUUGUUCCUAAUAUUAAAGGCACUUCCAUGUUAUGACUGCUCGAACAUUAUUCACUGAUAUUAAGCUUUGAACUUUGGAAUUCCAAAUUGAGAUCUAGGAAACAUUCAGUCAUUUAAAAAAAAAUUAGUAGUAGUAAUUCAAAUCAGUCACUUAAAAAAAUAAUUGUUUAUUUAUUAAUUUAAAAAACAAAAUUCUAAAUUUUUUUAAUUCGUCUGCAAAAUGUGUUCAGAAAAAAUUAUCGCAUGAACUUCAUUUCAACUUUUGCUUUUUUUUUAAAUUGUUUUUUUAUUACCAUUAUUCUAUUACCAUUUCGAUUGCCAUUAAGAAAAAUUAUUGAAACCUCUUACUUUUUCGUAAAUUUAAUUAUGUAUAUAAACAGCGGUACAAAAACAUUCAAACUUUUAAAAUUCUGUGGAUCAUCAGAUAUUAUUAAAAAAUAUAUCUUUUAAAUAUAUAUAUAAAAUAAAUAUAUCUUUUAAAUA